GGCCGCGCCACAGCCAGACCGAGCCCGGCGGCGGCAGCGGCAGCAACAGGCGGCGGGCUGGGCUCGGGGCGGAGGCGGCGCGGGAGCGGGCAGCGUGCGGAGGAGCGCCGCGGCCCCGCGCUGCCCCGGGGUUCCCGCCGCAUGGAAGAGCAUCUCAGCCUGCUGAGCUCGCCGCCGCCGCCCUCCGCCCGCCACCGCGCCCACCCGCCCCAGCGCCCCGCCAGCGGCGGCGCCCGCACCCUGGUGAACCCGGGCUACGCCGAGUCGGCCGCGGGCCCCGAGCUGCCGCCCGACAUGACCGUGGUGCCCGGAGACCACCUGCUGGAGCCGGAGGCGGCCGACGGCGGCGGGGACCCGCCUGAGGGCGGCUGUGGCGGCGGCGGCGGCGGCGGCUGUGACCGCUACGAGCCGCUGCCGCCCGCGCUGCCCGCCGCCGGCGACCAGGACUGCUGCGGGGAGCGCGUGGUGAUCAACAUCUCGGGGCUGCGCUUCGAGACGCAGCUCAAGACCCUCUGCCAGUUCCCGGAGACGCUGCUGGGGGACCCCAAGCGGCGCAUGCGGUACUUCGACCCGCUCCGCAACGAGUACUUCUUCGACCGCAACCGGCCCAGCUUCGACGCCAUCCUCUACUACUACCAGUCCGGGGGCCGCAUCCGCCGGCCGGUCAACGUGCCCAUCGACAUCUUCUCCGAGGAGAUCCGCUUCUAUCAGCUGGGCGAGGAGGCCAUGGAGAAGUUCCGCGAGGACGAGGGCUUCCUGCGGGAGGAGGAGCGGCCGCUGCCCCGCCGCGACUUCCAGCGCCAGGUGUGGCUGCUCUUCGAGUACCCCGAGAGCUCCGGGCCCGCCCGGGGCAUCGCCAUCGUGUCCGUGCUCGUCAUCCUCAUCUCCAUCGUCAUCUUCUGCCUGGAGACGCUGCCCGAGUUCCGCGACGAGAAGGGCUACUUCGCCUCGCCGUCGCUGGUGGAGGCGGCCAGCAACGGCACGUCGGGGGCCCCUGCCGGAGCCUCCAGCUUCUCCGAUCCCUUCUUCGUGGUGGAGACGCUGUGCAUCAUCUGGUUCUCCUUUGAGCUGCUGGUGCGCUUCUUCGCUUGCCCCAGCAAAGCCACCUUCUCGCGAAAUAUCAUGAACCUGAUAGACAUUGUGGCCAUCAUCCCUUAUUUCAUCACUCUGGGCACGGAGCUGGCUGAGCGCCAGGGCAAUGGACAGCAAGCCAUGUCCCUGGCCAUCCUGAGGGUCAUCCGGCUGGUGCGGGUCUUCCGAAUCUUCAAGCUCUCCCGCCACUCCAAGGGGCUGCAGAUCCUGGGACAGACGCUGAAGGCUUCCAUGCGGGAGCUGGGGCUGCUCAUCUUCUUCCUCUUUAUCGGGGUCAUCCUCUUCUCCAGCGCCGUCUACUUUGCCGAGGCAGACGACCCCACUUCGAGGUUUAGCAGUAUCCCUGAUGCCUUCUGGUGGGCCGUGGUAACCAUGACAACAGUAGGCUACGGGGAUAUGCACCCAGUGACCAUAGGGGGCAAGAUUGUGGGGUCGCUCUGUGCCAUCGCUGGUGUCUUGACCAUUGCUUUGCCAGUCCCUGUGAUUGUCUCCAAUUUCAAUUACUUCUACCACCGGGAGACAGAAGGGGAAGAGCAAGCCCAGUACAUGCACGUGGGGAGCUGCCAGCAUCUCUCCCCUUCAGCCGAGGAGCUCCGAAAAACAAGGAGUAACUCGACUCUGAGUAAGUCGGAGUAUAUGGUGAUCGAAGAGGGGGGUAUGAACCAUAGCGCCUUCCCCCAGACCCCCUUCAAAACAGGCAAUUCCACUGCCACUUGCACCACGAACAAUAACCCCAACUCCUGUGUCAACAUCAAAAAGAUAUUUACCGAUGUUUAAUAUAUGGUACAAGUGACACGCUGUGCUCAGUAUUGUGUGGAUCGUGCCCCCCGGUCUGUGUAUGCCCUUGUUUUAUACAUUCCAGACCACCCAUCAAGGAAAGGACAUGAAGAAGUGGAAAGUACACUUCAUUCUCGCUCCCCUACUGCUUCACACUGAAACAGGUGUCUGUUUGCAAGACGGCUGCAUUCUCUCAGCUCUCCUCCCCCCCCCCUUCCUCUCUCUCAAUAUUGCAAACAGCAGACUUUAGACUUGAUUUCUAGUACACGCCCUAUGAAAAAAAAAAAAAACAACCUGUACAUCCUGGGAGGAAAUGAAACUAAAGAACAGUUAGGGUAACUGUUUAACCUCAGAAUUAAAAGACAGCUGUUUCUUUACUAAGUAAAGCAGGCACAUACUUAAAGGAUGUUUCAGUUUGAUGGACCUUUCAACAUUAUUGAAUAUUUAGUUCAAUUGCCAACACUGUGGAUAUAUGGAUGGAAAGUCCAUUCAAAGAGACUUGUAAACCGAACAUAAGUUUAUUUGGUUUUUGACUGGAACUUCUAUUCUGUUCAGAGCCCCCUCCCCAGAAUUCUAAGGAUCUCUACCACUUUGAACAAAGAGAAAUGCCC